AUGAGGUGGGCUGCGAAUUGCCAAAUUGAUGUUCUCUUCUUAUUGGAAACUCGAAAUAAGUUUGAUAGCUCUUUGGCUAUUCUAAGUCAAAAUUUUAGUGAUUGGGAAGCUUGCUGUAAUUAUAAUCAUGCUGCCAACGGUCGAAUUUGGGUUCUCUGGCGCAGAUGUAUGGAUUGCUCAGUUGUUUCUGUUUUUGACCAAUGUAUUUCUGUUAGAUGUGCUAUUGGGGGUAACACUUUUAUUCUUAUUGCUGUUUAUGGUUUGAAUGAGGGAAAUGGUAGGAGGCAGUUAUGGAGUCAACUCAACUCUCUGGAAUGUACUGUGGGAGAUCUUCCAUGGCUUAUAGGUGGUGACUUCAACAUCAUCUUGAAUGUCGAGGAAAGCUCGGUUUAUGUUAGUUCCUCGACUUUGGUUGACAGUUCUGAAUUCCAGAAUUGUGUGGAUAAUUUGGGGAUUUUUGAUCACCCCUACAAUGGUCCUUGCUUCACUUGGUCAAAUAAACAGCAGGAUACUUAUUUAGCUCGUAAGCUUGAUCGUGUCAUGAUAAACCCAAGGUGGAUCGAUGUUUUCCCAGAUUCUGCAGUGGAGUUUCAGGCCCCUGGGGACUCGGAUCACUGCCCUGCCUUUGUGUGGCUCCACAAGGCAGCCCCUAGUGCAAGGCCAAAGCCGUUCAAAUUUUUCAACUUUUGGGCCUUGCACCCGGGGUUUUUAAACAUUGUGAGAGAUUCUUGGCAGCAACCAAUGGCUGGAAAUCCAGCUCAGGUUUUGUUCCAAAAAUUGAAGAGGUUGAACAGCAUUGAGAAUGAACUUCAAGUAGAAAGGGAGCUAAAAAAUCUUGAAGAGGCUGAGUUACUAUUUUACAAACAAAAAGCUAAAGCCAAUUGGAUCAAGGAGGGUGACCAAGGGACGAAAUUCUUCCACUCAGUAGUGGCUAGCAGAAGAAAGAGUAAUACAAUCAGAGUUCUCUAUGACCAAGCGGGGAAUAGAUUGGACUCUUUUGAUGGUAUUUCGGCUGAGGUGAUUAAAUUUUUCCAGAAUCAGCUGGGUUUGGUAGAUGAUAAUGUCCUGGGCAGCACUGUUUCUACUAUUAGGGGUCUUCUUAAUUUCUCACUCCCUACAGGCGCUGACGGUGAACUGUAUUGCUUUGACAUAUCUUUUAUUCUCCCUGCCUUUAAUGCCACUGCUGUAGUCUUGGUUCCUAAAGUGCCAAAUCCUAGCCUUGUCAAGGACUUCAGGCCUAUAUCAUACUGCACAGUGAUAUAUAAGACCAUUACAAGGAUUUUAGUGAGACGAUUGUCUACUGUGUUCCCUAGCAUGGUUUUAAAGAAUCAAACUGCUUUUGUUAAAGUUGUUGUUCUCACUGCUCUUGGCCUUCCUGCUAGAUUUAUUAGCUGGAUUUCUGCUUGUUUUACCAAGCCUAGCUAUUCGAUUGUAAUAAAUGGCAGUUUAGUUGGUUAUUUUAGGGGGGAUCGUGGUGUUAGGCAAGGUGACCCCCUUUCACCUUAUCUCUUUGUGCUUUCCAUGAAUGUAUUAUCAAAUCUAUUGAACCUGGCUGCUCUUAAGGGGAUUUUCAAUUAUCAUCCCAAGUGUAAAAGGAUUGGUUUAACCCAUCUUUGCUUUGCGGAUGAUCUCCUCAUCUUUUGCGAGCCCUCUGUUGACUCUAUUAGUGGUGUCAAAGCUGUUCUGGAAGUUUUCAAUCUCAUGUCUGGGUUGAAGCUCAAUAUUAACAAAAGUGAGAUUUUUGUAGCGGGGUUAACUGCUGCUCAAUGCACUGCCAUCAGUGAGGGCACUGGUUUUAAAUUAGGCAAACUCCCUGUUCGCUACUUAGGAAUUCCUUUGGUGACUAAGAAGCUCAUGGAGAGAGACUGCCUUAGUCUCAUUGAUAAAAUCAGAGCUAGGUUGACCUUGUGGGAAAAUAAACAUUUGAGUUUUGCUGGUAGGCUCCAGUUAGUGCGUUCUGUUUUGUUCAGCCUAACUAAUUAUUGGUGUAGGCAAGUUAUGCUUCCUCGGGGGGUAAUCAAGAAAGUUGAGCAGUUAUGCUCUCGGUAUUUCUGGAAGGGUGCUGAUCUUUCUGCUAGGGUGAGCUGGAGAAAGAUCUGUCUUCCAAAGUCUGAAGGGGGCCUUGGUGUUAUUGAUAUACAAGGAUGGAAUAGGGCUUGUUCUGUGAGGUUGAUUCGAAACUUAUUGGCUGAUGAGGGUUCCUUGUGGGUGGCUUGGACUCGGUCUUAUGUUAUUAAAAAUGCAAAUUUUUGGCAUAUGGUUCCUCCUACUGAUGCUAGCUGGAAUUUCAAAAAGCUGUUAAAGAUGAGGCAUUCAGUUAAUCAUCUCUUUGUUAACCGUGAUUGUGCCCUCAGUACUAGGCAGAUAUGGGAGGACUUGCGCAUCGUGGCUCCAAAGGUUGCUUGGCAUCAUCUGGUUUGGUUUUCCGGGCGCAUCCCUAAGCACAACAUAAUUCUGUGGAUGGCCAUUUUGGAUAGGCUUCCCACCCGGGUUAGACUGAUGCGAAUGGGACUAGUAAUAGAGAAUGAUCGAUGUCUCUUCUGUGAUUUGGUGCCUGAGACUAGAAAUCACAUUUUCUUUGAAUGUGAUUAUGCUAAAAGCCUGUGGAAGGCCAUCCUUCUGCUCUGUGGAGUUAACCGAAGAGUAAGCCACUGGGAAGGCGAGCUUUCAUGGGCUGCUCACUUCCUUAAAGGAAAGUCCCUCCUCACGAGAGUGUUUAAGCUUCCUUUGACAAGCUAUGUGUAUGUCAUAUGGAGAGAAAGGAACAACAGACUGUAUGGUGGAUUACUUAGGCUGAUGAGUGAUAUCCUGCUGAGCAUUAAAACUGAUAUCCAGAUUCGACUCGAUGGUUGGCCAAUUAACAGAAGUGACUCUAGGAACAUUGCCCUUUGUAUGGAUGAUGUGUUGAUGGGUUGGUACGAGCUACUAUGGAUAGGAAGGCUGCUUCUUCUUAUGCAAUUGGUUCAUGGUUGGGGAAAACUUGGUCAUUAUGCUGUUUGCAAGAUUGCUGAGGGGCAUCUUACUGAAGAUGCCACGGCUACUGUCAAACAACUGCUCCCAGAUUCUGCUAAAGGUGAGCUUGCUUCUGUAUGUUCAUGGCCUGAUCACAUCAAAUAUUACUACAACUGGCAGUGGACAACCUCCUUACACUAUGUUGACACCCCAAAUUUCAAGUGCAACUACAAAUACAUCCGAGACUGCUAUGAUUCUGCUGGGCACAAAAAUAAUUGUGUGACAGGAGCAAUUUUGAACUAUACAAAGCAACUCCUUACAUCAUAUCAGAGAUAUAAUCCCAUGUUGAAAUACAAUUUGACAGAGUCACUCUUGUUCUUAGCUCAUUAUAUGGCGGAUGUGCAUCAGCCAUUACAUGUUGGCUUCACAGGAGAUUUAGGUGGGACUAGUAUUAAAGUUCGUUGGUAUCGUAGGAAGACAACUCUGCACCAUGUAUGGGAUACCAUGAUUAUUGAUACUGCAGUGAAGACAUUCUACGGCUCGAAUCUUUUAAUUUUUCCAGGUGAUGAUGCUUGGACCAAUGAAAAAUCAUCAUGGAAAUACUGCAUACAUAACAACACAGUUUGUCCUAACAUGAAAGUAUAUGCUUCUGAAAGUGUUAGGUUAGCAUGUAAGUAUGCAUAUAAGAAUGCCACACCUGGAAGCACCUUAGAAGAUGAUUAUUUCCUCUCUCGGUUGCCCGUCGUGGAGAAAGGGCUAGCUCAAGGUGGGAUUCGCCUCGCCUCUGUGCUCAACCGGCUGUUUAAUUUCCGAGUGAAAAUGGGUCGAUCUUCAAGAUAA